AUGAACUGCCAAUACCUUCUAUCAUUGACUGUUUUAUUGCUUGGUCAAUUAGUGGCAAGUCAAACAUCUAUUGCUGCCAAAUCAUUUGUUAAUGUUGGAACAUUCUCUGGCUAUGGUUUAUACAGCUAUGAGUUUAAAGCUUCGUCUAUGCUCGUCAGUUUUGGAUAUGUUCCAGGCCCUACUUUAGACUAUUCGAAAUUUGUUCGUCUUGCCUCUCGUGCCUACUUUGAAAAUGAAUAUGAGCUGAAUGUGGGUGGUGGUGAUGUUAACUUUGUUCUAUACAAUGAAGGCACCACCUCAGAGACAUACACCACUCUCCAAGUUACCAGAGUUUUCAAAUAUAUGAGCAGAAAUGAUUGGUACUCCCCUAAAAUUCCUUCCUCCAGACUUGAAAUGUACACACAUCCAGGAUACAAGCAACCAAAUGGUUACAAGCUCAGAAUUACCACAUCUGACAAAAUGACUUUAAAGAUUAUUUCCUCUCCAACAAUUCCCAGCACAGUUUUAGAACCAACUAGCGGAUUUACAUCAUUCUCAAGAGAAACAAUACUACCUGAUAAGCCAGAUGCAUACCAAUACUUCAUUUAUCUGAGAUGUGACGAAACAGGCACUAAAGUUUGUAGUCCUUCUGUAUUACUAGAGAAUAAUGUACAACCAAAAGUAGAUGGAAAAGCGGGAGCUAUAGCUGGAGCCGUUGUUGGAUCACUACUAGGUGUUGUUUGUUGUUUCUGUAUUUGGAUUAUUGUUGUGGUUGUCAUUGUACUUAUAUUGAGAAAAGCAUCAAAGCAAAACAACAAUACUCAAGCAUAGGUAAUGAAAUGAU